AUGCCCUCUGAACCCGUUUGGAGCUACCGGUGCAUCGGGGGUCGCUGCAAAAAGACCGCCAUCGAUCACAGCAAAAGUGAUACCGUAUCGAAAGCCAUUAGUCUUCAGGUUUGUCGCUUGCUCUGCGACGGAUCUUCGUACGGUACCGUUUGGCCUCGUCCCACAGGGGACGCUCGAAUUGGAACCGAUUUGGUACAUCUGGAUCUUGAUGGGAUGAUUUUUGAUUGGGUCGUUGAACACGAUUUGUUAAGGGAUCGCUGGGAUGCUAGUGUGCAACGCUUUCGAGGUCAGUUGAAGAACAAGGCUGUUGAAGAAACGAUACGUUCUGGUGGUAAUCGACUGAAGGUUGUCGUGGAAGUUGGUUCCGACUCGUUGGUUUUGAACCAUCAAACUGACGAGAGCUACAAAUUGAUGAUCAAAGGGCCUCAAGAACAUGCGAUUGCGGUGAGUAUCAAGGCGGCGACUUACUUUGGAGCUAGACAUGGUUUGGAGACGCUUGCACAGCUAAUAGUUUUCGACGACAUUCGUAACGAACUUCUGGUGCUGACGGACGUUUUGUUGCAAGAUGGUCCGAAAUACCCCCAUCGAGGACUAUCGCUGGAUACGUCGAGGAAUUACGUGGAUAUUGCUUCACUUAAACGGACAAUUGAUACCUUGGCAAUGGUCAAAAUGAACGUUCUUCACUGGCAUGUCACAGAUUCGCACAGUUUUCCAUUGGUUAUCGAAUCACAACCACUUUUGAGUAAAUUUGGAGCCUACAACAAGAAACAAAUCUACACCGCGGUGUAG